CCGGACCCUGCAUUCACUAUAUCUGGUCUCCCCGGACCCUGCAUUCACUAUAUCUGGUCUCUCCGGACCCUGCAUUCACUAUAUCCGUUCUCCCCGGACCCUGCAUUCACUAUAUCUGGUCUCCCCGGACCCCGCAUUCACUAUAUCUGGUCUCCCCGGACCCCGCAUUCACUAUAUCUGGUCUCCCCGGACCCCGCAUUCACUAUAUCUGGUCUCCCAGGACCCUGCAUUCACUAUAUCUGGUCUCCCCGGACCCUGCAUUCACUAGAUCUGGUCUCCCGGGACCCUGCAUUCACUAUAUCUGGACCCCCCGGACCCUGCAUUCACUAUAUCUGGUCUCCCCGGACCCUGCAUUCUCUAUAUCUGCUCUCCAUGGACCCUGCAUUCACUAUAUCUGGUCUCCCCGGA